AUGCAUAUCAUUCUCACGGGGGCGACCGGCCUUGUCGGCUCCGGCGUCCUAGACGCCAUGAUCAAAUAUGAACGGAUUACCAAAAUCUCCGUUUUGAGUCGCAAACCGGUUCCAAUGGCCGACGCUGCCAAAGAUCCACGGAUCAACGUCAUCAUCCACAAAGAUUUCGAACAGUACGAUACCUCUGUACUUGAAAAGCUUAAAGAUGCCCACGGUUGCGUAUGGGCUCUCGGAAUCAGUCAGUCCAAGGUCAGCAAGGAGGAAUACAUCAAAAUCACAAAAGACUACACCCUGGCAGCGGCCCGCGCAUUCUCUACGCUGUCGGCAGGAGAGGACCAGCCCUUUCGCUUUGUGUACGUGUCCGGAGAGGGUGCCACGCAAGAGCCGGGCCAUUUCACGGCGACUUUUGCGAGAACAAAGGGAGAAACAGAGGUUGCGCUUGCAGAGAUGAGCAACGAGCUUCGCACCAUGCGAGCAUACUCAGUCCGACUCGGUGGCGUGGAUGCAUCACAACAUGAUGCAAUAAAAGAGUAUAUCCCAGAUCCUGGCGCGAUGUACAGAGCAAUGGGAAAUACUCUCUAUCCGGUGCUUAGGUCACUGAUGCCGCUGACCUUGGCGCCAACCGACAUCACUGGCGAUUGUCUUUGCAGGAUGGCGAUGGGUGAACUGGACGAUAAGCUGGAAGGACCAGGUGCUUCCAAGACUGGAUUAUCCUGGACCUUGAAUAACAAGGCCAUGAGAAGGGUAGCCGGGAGGUGA